AUGGGUGAGAAAGUUUUGCUCGGAGUUUCAUCCAGGAAGAGUGUGAUGAUGUUCGGGAAGAAGGACAAGUUGAGCCAUCAAUAUAUUAUUCUUUUUAAAGUGCUUGAGAGGAUUGGAGAAGUGGCACACAGACUUGCCUUUCCACCUAGUCUAUCAGGUGUUCACCCAAUAGUUCAUGUUUCUAUGUUCUGGAAGUAUUAUGGUGAUCCGUCACAUGUUUUGAACUUCAAUACGGUUCAAUUAGAUGGGGAUUUGACUUAUGAUAUGGAGCCGGUGGCCAUUUUUGACCGGCAAGUUCGGAAGUGGAGGUCAAAGAAUAUAGCAUCAGUGAAGGUGCAAUGA